GUAGAGAGAGUGAAAAACACAUUCUCCAAUUUAUCAUCCAAUUCUCGAUUAAUGGCGGUGAAGAAGAAGGCGAGGUGGCAGGAUUUUUUCCCGGCGUGUUUCAAGGCGGAGACGAAGAAAUCGCCGAUUCAACGUAUUUCGUUAUUGGAUUUGAGCAGUUGGACGAUUUCGGAGGAGCUCUCCCUGUCUCUGGCGGGGUCGAAUCUCCACGUUUUCACGCUGCAGGAAUUGAAGCUCAUAACUCAUAACUUCGCGUCCACCAAUUUGCUCGGUGAAGGCGGGUUCGGGCCGGUUCACAAGGGAUUCAUCGAUGAUAGCUUAAGGCCCGGCUUGAAGGCCCAGCCCGUCGCGGUCAAGCUCUUGAAUUUGGACGGCACACAAGGCCACAGAGAAUGGCUGACAGAAGUAGUUUUUCUUGGUGAAUUAAGACAUGCAAAUUUAGUGAAGCUGAUUGGAUAUUGUUGCGAAGAAGAGCAGAGGCUUCUGGUGUAUGAAUACAUGCCUAGAGGCAGCUUGGAAAAUCAGCUCUUUCCAAAAAUGUGCAUUCCACUUCCUUGGUCAACAAGAAUGAAGAUUGCUCUUGGAGCUGCAAAGGGGCUUGCCUUCCUACACGGAGCCAAUAAACCAGUCAUAUAUCGUGAUUUCAAGACGUCCAAUAUUUUGCUCGACACGGACUUUGUCGCAAAACUCGCCGACUUGGGGUUUGCUAAAGACGGCCCACAAGACGACGAGACGCAUAUCUCCACGCGAGUUAUGGGCACUCAAGGCUAUACUGCCCCUGAAUACCUCAUGACAGGGCACCUGACAUCAGCGAGUGACGUAUAUAGCUUCGGAGUAGUAUUGCUUGAGCUUAUAACUGGACGAAGAUCGCUUGACAAGAAGCGUCCCAACAGAGAACAAAAUCUGGUGGAGCGAGCGAGGCCUAUGUUGAAGAAUCCACGGAAACUGAUGAAGGUCAUCGAUCCAAGACUCGAGGGCCAAUACCCAGAAAUCGCAGCCCAAAAGGCAGCCGCAUUGGCUUAUCAGUGCUUAACCUAUCGCCCUAAGCUUAGACCAACCAUGGCUGAAGUUGUAAGAGUUUUGGAGCCCUUGAAAGAUUUUGAUGAUACUCAAAUGGGAACCUUCGUAUUUACAGUAUCGGCGGAUUGCAAUUCAGUGAAAAUUUUUCCUACAGAAACUACAAUAAAAGGUGGUAAAGAAGGAGAAGUAGCAAUAAUAAUAUCGGACAUCAAGGCCAUGAAAAUGUAGUAACAUCUUCGUUGGUUUUCAUAGACUAUACAUAGGUUAAUUAGUGUAGAUCUUAGAAAUACGAAUUGUUAAUGAAAAUAUAACUAGAUAUUGUACGCCCAUUUUGUAGAUCUAUAAACACAAAUCAAAUUUAUUUUUUGGUUCA